AUGUCCUUCCAACAAAGCCAGAAUCAGUGUCAAACUCCUCCCAAGUGCCCUUCCUUAAAGAGCACAGCACAGUGUCUGCCUGCAGCCUCUUCUUGCUGUGCUACAACCUAUGGGGGCUUCAGUGCCCAGAACUCUGAGAGAGGCUCCUGCUUGAGCCACCAGAGGCGAAGGUCCCACAGAUGCAGGAGCUCCAGUUCCUGUGACCAUGGCAGUGGUCAGCAGUCUGAGGGUUUAGGCUGUGGCCACAGCUCUGGGGGCUGCUGCUAA